AUUUUAAUGCACAACCGAUGAACAGACAGCCAUAAUAUCCAAGGUAAUUAUUCUUUUUAGAUAUUAAAAUUAAAUGUGCCAAUUAUGUAUUUCCAAGGGUGAAAUUAAUCGAAGGAAGGGUACGAUAUGAUUAGACAAUAAAUGUUACGUUUGAAACGGACACAUACAAGUAGAGUUCCAAUAUUGUCUAAAAAUGGUAAUGCAAAGUCUGAAAAAUAUCUUUAUGAAGAGUUACUUUGAUUAUGACAGCGCUUUUGAUCUUUUUAAGUUUCAUCCACAACUAAGAGUUUUUCUCGUGCUAAAUGGAAUAUUUUUUAAUAAUCCCGAGUCUCCUCUGAGAUUGAUUUGGCCAAUAUUAAGCGCUGCCCUGUCAUUAGUAGCGACAUCAUUUGAAGCGAUCUUCAUUUACCACGGUGUAGCAGUGAAGGAUUAUUCGUUUGCAACAGAAUGUUUCUGUUAUUUCAUCAUUAUGACUGCCGUUCCCGUGGUUUAUACAAGUAUGAUUUUAAAUAGGGAGAAGAUCGUGGAUCUUCUUAACUCUAUGAACAGGGAUUUUCUUCAUAUUUGCAGUUUGGGGUCGAAGUAUAGAAGCACGUUUCUAAAAGGACAACUGCUGAUAUGGCAGCUAUGCAUAGCGUGGUUCACAUUUGUCACAACUGUCGUCUUUACCUUCUUAGCAACGACAAUAGCUAUACUUAUGUACCAAAGUUUGUUUGCAACUCAAACUGAAAAUAUAGUUAGACCCCUUAUGUUUCCGCUAUGGCUCCCUAAAGACGAUCCUUAUCGCACCCCAAAUUACGAAAUUUUCAUGUUUUGGGAAAUAGUUCUCAUGUUGAUCGUCGUACAAACUUUCUGCGCAUACGUCUACCUGCUAUUUCAUAUUCUACUCCAUUACUAUUACCUGAUGAGUAUGAUCAUCUUCGACUGCGAAGUGCUGUUCGUUGGUUUGGACGCGAGCGUGGUGAAAUUGCCCAAACAUGACCCUCGUCGGAUGGGUGUGCAAACAAUCCUGAACAGCAGGAUGAGACGAAUUGUUAAAUGGCAUAAUUUGGUUUUUCAGUCUAUCGAAGCAGUUUCAUCAAUCUUCGGACCGCCGCUUGUUUACCAAGUAAUGUUCAGUUCACUUCCCAUUUCUUUGAUGGCAUAUCAAGUAGCUGAAUCGUUGGACCACGGCAGAUUGGACGUCAUGUUUGCAAUGCUGGGCAUUGCGACAUGUGUUCAGCUCUGGAUACCGUGCUACCUUGGAACAGUGAUCAGAAACAAGGCAUUUUCCGUGGGCGACGCCAUCUGGAGCAGCGGUUGGCACGAGACGCCGCUGGGCCGGCUUCUGCGCGCAGACAUCACGCUGGUCAUCAUGCGCUCCCAACGCCCUGUCAGCAUCAGGUUAAGGGGGCUGCCUAACCUGGAGCUCGAGACUUUCUCCUCGAUAAUGAGUACAUCUUAUACGUACUUCACCUUACUGCGCCAAUAUACAGGUAAAAUGAAAUAAAUAAAGUACAUUGAAAUAGCAUUUACCUACCUACUGUUUUAUUUCAAAGCCUUAUUAUGGUUUUAUCUCUAAUCUCUAUUUAUAAUAAAACUGGUCGAAUUCUAUACAUUUAUUCGCAAUUUAAGAUUUUACUUAUACCAUUUGUAACACCAAACGUUACCGUGGCAUAACGGACGCCAGCGCCAUCUAGAAUCUAUACUUAUAAUACGAAUUGUGUACAUUUUGUACAUUGAAGAUAUUUUGAAAUUUUUUGUUGGGGGGCAUUAAAUAAUCGAUACUUAAGCUAAAAACAUUUUUUUUCGAUUUUUUGUCUUUGUAUGUCCGCGUUUUUUUUGUUAUUCGGGCAUCACGCUGAAACUACUGAAUGAAUUCAAAUAAAACUUGGCACGGCUUAAGACCAUAAUACGAAAAAGGUUAUAGGAUACUUUUUAUUGCGAAAAUAACAUAAGAAGGGAUGAAAUAGGGGUUGAAAGUUUGUAUGGAAAGUUCUUCCAGAUUCUAUACCUAUAUCAUUCCCAUGUAGGUACAUUCAUCAUCAUUCUUAAUGAAGUUUAGUUUCCUAGACAAAAUACACAGUAAAUACGUACAUAUAUACACAUACAUACACUUACGUACAUAGGCAUAUAUUCGUAAAGUAGGCCAACCAUUGUAAAAUAUUUAUUUUAUUAUGCAUUACGUAAUGUGGAUGAAAAUUUAACAGUUAUGUAUUGAUGUAUUGUUAGUCCAAUCAAUAACGCACGCACUAUUUAUUUAUUUUAUCAAGAAAGUACGCGAACAUAGCCGCGCGAAAAUCUAAUACUUAUUAAGUAUUUUGACAACCCUAACGUUGUUUGAAUACACGUAAUAAAGAUAAGAGCUGUAGGUAGGUAAAUAAAAUCUGUACAUGAAAUAUAUUUUUAAAAUAACUAUCAGGGGGUGAUUAGUAGUGAUAGAUACCGAUGCCACAGAAAAUAUAUUACAACCAGUAGUUGGACUUCAUACUAGAGGUCGAAACGCGAGCUAUACCUACGCUCCUUGAACAUGGGGUGAUCGUAGGGUGAAGACAGUCGCGACUGUGCCGCGGUGACGAACGAACGCACGGUGUAUUAACAGAGUAAAGUGUAUUAAUAGUAUUAGAUUUUUUUAAUUAUGACCAGUAGGAAAUACUGUGCCGUUUUUGGAUGCAUGAAUUCAAAAUUAUCCCAUCCAGAGAUAACUUUUUUUAAGUUACCUGGAAACUCUGAAAGGUUAACUUUAAAAUAAAUUUACUUAUUAGUAGGUAGGUACAUAAUCUUGUAUUUUUUAAUGGAUAAGGUGUUUCCUUUUAUCUCCAGAAUAAAGGUAGGUAUCUGGAUUAGUAAAUAAAGUAAAUAGAGUAAAGGAAAGUGAUUGACACGAUUGAAAUAUGUAGCUAUACGCGGUUCAUGAAUCACGAUACAGUAGGUACGAUAAGCUUGUAUUAAAACCUCGACUGCUUGUACAAUGUAUUGUGUGACUGUGCUCGGAUCAUUUGUGUUUUGUUACCCGACUGCGGCGAAGCCCAAAGGAGGAGUAUGUGUUUGAAUGUUAUGACUUGUUGUUGUAUGCGGGCGACGGGAUUAAAGGACUGCGCGGGUGUGAAGUCGUACGCGCUGGGCAUCGUUACCCCCCUCCCGGACCGCGCCGACCUUCGGGAGUGUUACGAACAAAUUUGCCAAGCACACAUACUGAUAAAUGAUAUGUCAUUAGACUCGUCUAGAUAGGCCGAGUGUCACUGGGUAACUUAGUUCUUAAAAAAUCAAAAUGGCGGAUUUUAUGCACUUUAAUGUGCAAGCUCAUAAAACUUUUGCUCAGCUUGGCAUUGGUGACAAGAAUUUUAACCGACUUCCAAAAAGAAUCGUAUCGUAUUUACAGCGAUAUUUCCGUCAUUUGUAAACCGUUUCUUUUUGUUUGGAUGAAUAUUCUUUCAGGUUAGUCCCAUUUUUUUCAUGUCAGGAUCUGAUAAUGGCAUCCUAGAGAAAUCUAGGGGAACUAUCGUAUCGUAGGGACAAUUAGUGCGUUUGUUCAUUGUUUCAUUAUCUAUUUUAAAUCACUACAAUUUCAUGAAGGUAUUUAUCUUUUUUUUUAUUUGUUCACGUAGUGUGGAGGUAAUACCUAGAUGGCAUCACCGAAAUAAAUAUGUUUAAGAAUACGACCAAUCCUUCAAGAUCAUUGACGUAGUAUCAGCCUUAAUUAAAUCAACCAAUCAAAAAACACGCAUUUUUAUUUAUCACUUCCCAUUUUACUACAAUUUACAAAGUAUUUUAUUUGUUUAUAUAAAAAAAGUUUAUUUACAAUCACAAAACUAAGUGGAAACACAAAGUUAGCAAAUGUAAUUAAAUUGCUGCAUGCGGGCAGCCCUAUGACAUGUUUACGUACCGCGCGGCUGUAGGUAUUUAUUUCAAAAAUACGGCCGAGUUAUUAUACUGCUUGUAAUAUCUUUACUGUGCCGAUGCUAAAAAUGUAAUCAGUAAAAUUUUUCUCUGUCUGUAUGUUUGAUAAAGAAACAAAAACUACUCGACGGAUUUUAACGAAACUUGGUACAAUUAUUCUUCAUACUCCUGGGCAGGUUAUAGAAUACUUUUCACCACACUACGAUCAAUAGGAGCAAAGCAGUGAAGGGAAACGUUGGGAAAACGGGAGAAGUUACCUACUUCAUUUUUACAGCAAUACUACUGUAAGGGCUGGAUUAAAGAGGUCUAAGUCGCAGGCCUCCACUAGUUUAAGAAUAAAGUUUCAUUUAAAUAGCUUAUAAACCGUUUUAUAUCAAUUCAAAUAAUGUCAGCCUUAGCUGGGUAGAAACGCGAUAAGAAACUACCCUACCUGAGGACAUGGUUGCAACAGCAUAUUGUACAGCUAUAGAUUUAUGUAAU